AUGGUUAGCGAGACAACAAGAGAUACCAUCGCCGGUGCAGCGGGUGGUGUUGCCCAGGUUCUCAUCGGCCAACCGUUCGACAUCGUCAAGGUCCGACUCCAAACCAGUGGAGGAAGUGGCCUCGCGGUCGCGCGAAAUAUUUGGCUCAAAGAGGGGCCUUUGGCUUUCUACAAAGGUUCUCUUCCGCCGCUAAUUGGCAUCAGCAUCUGCGGGAGCAUUCAAUUCGGGGCUUUCCAGUAUUUUCGGCAGCUGUUCCAGAACCGCCAAAGCAGAACUGGGAAUUCCAAAGAUUCGUUGCCGAUAUGGCAGUUAUUCGUGGCGGGCGGAGGAGCUGGCUUGGCCAACAGUGUCAUAUCCGGCCCUGUCGAGCACAUCAGAAUCCGUCUCCAGACUCAGCCAUCUGGCAGCGGAAAGCUUUACAACGGGCCCGUAGACUGCGCGCGCAAGAUCUACCAGCAAGCUGGCAUUGCUGGUAUUUUCCGUGGCCAAGUUGCUACGAUGGUUCGCGAGUUCUACGGCUUUGGCGCCUGGUUCGCGUCUUACGAGGUAUUUGUGAGCCUUUUGACCAAGAUGGACAACAGAUCUCGCUCCGAACUUCCGAGCUGGAAGAUCGCAAUUUGCGGUGGCCUUGCUGGGGAGGUGAACUGGCUUUUAGCGAAUCCAUUUGAUGUCAUCAAGAGCAGACUACAGAGUGAUGGCUUUGGAGAGGGAAGGAAGUACAAGAAUACACGAGAUGCAGUGUUGAAGACGUGGAAGAUUCAGGGAUUUGCAGGAUUCAUGGAAGGACUCGGCCCAUCCUUACUUCGUGCGCUACCAGUGUCUGCUGGCAUUUUUGCUACGGUUGAGAUCGUUCGAACAAUCAUUGGAUAG